AUGAACAACAACCAAGAUGUCCCUUAUGAGUGUCACCACACCAGCGAGGUCAGCCAAAAGAGGCUCUUAGGGACUGUGGUCUGUGCAUCGCUGGAAGCCUGGCCCACCUUGCAGAUUGCUGUGGAGAAUGGCUUUGGGGUUUUGCACAGCCGGGAGAAGGCUGUAUACCUGGGGGGUGCAGUGGAGGAGUACUUCUUCCGCAAUGCUGGCUUGGAGCUAGAUGAGGUGAAGGACUUCCUCAGGGAGCUAAUGGUGAAUGAGUUUAAUAUGGUUGUGGGGAGUGGUAGUCUGCUCCAGGUGAGUCAGCAGCUACAGACCAUGUUCCACCACUUCCAGAGGAGUGACAGGGCUGCUCUGAAGGCGAUGGUCUCUCUCAUCACCCAAAGAAAGUGUAAGGUCAGAGCCAAUGGACUGACUACAGCCAGAGAGACUGAUAAGGAUGAUGGUACAAAUAGCAUGGAGGAAGUGGAGAUUGCAGCUAUGAAAGAUGGGGAAGCUACAGAUGGGAUGUGCCCACAGCCUGAACACUUUGGUCUAGACUCCCAGACUAUUAAGGAAAAGUAUAUAGUGGAGGAUGGCCAGACUAGAGAAAGAAAUGAGUGGGGCUGUAAAUGGUCUGGGUCCUUGUUUGCUUGGGACUUGUUUGUAGGGUUUUUGUUGGAGGGUUGCAGACCUCUGGACUGGUUAUCUCAUCUCCAUGCUCACCCCAUUUCCUUAUCCAGAUUCUUCCAGGGGGCAGAAGAACCCAAGUGCCCCUGGUCUUGGGGUGAACUGAGUGAUAAGGUCUGGUUUCCUAGCAAAGUGUCUCCUGGGUGCAAUUAG